CCUGGGGCAGAGUUCAUGAGCAUGUCAAUUAUUGCUUUUCAAAGUCCUGUGGUGUUAGGAUUAUGUCAGAAAUUCUUGAGGAGAGGCAGGUGGUCACUACACAACACAUGCGGCGAGAGGAAAGACAGGUGGUGGUGUUACAGAGGUACUCUCUUACAGGCCGGUGUGUGUGUUUCUUCCCCGGGGAGUUGCAAGGUGUGUGGCACACACAAGUUACUGGUCACAUUGGUGAUGGCAGGCGUGUCACCAGGUCACCCAUCACUUACCAAGAGCUCACCAUACACUCAGACACCAUACUACAGUGGGGAUCCUGUCACCAGCGUCUAGAUGACUACAUUCUUCUCACAGACAGGUCAGGCAGCACGCUGUGUUACCGCUGCAUCCAGCUGGAGGUGGUAACGCCACAGGUGGUGCAGGUGUGGUCUACAGGUCUCCAGACCUGUUACACCACUGAAGCCGCCGCCCUCCGCACCUGUCCCACCCCCGCCCACCUAGCCGCCCACACCGCCGCCCAUCUCAUGCUCUACAAGAGUAAGACAACUUGGGGUGAGGACGCCAUCACUACUGUGGAUUGUCCCUUAAACGGCCGCUUUACCUUCACCUACCAGGUGGGGGACGCCAGGAGGGGAAAGACUGGGCUGGAAAACUCCUGUGACCAACCUACCUCAGAGUUCUCCAACUGCCCCCACGGGUUUGGCUUCAGCAUCACCUACCGUGACUGUACCUUCCCCACCCCACGCAACGGUAGCUUGCAGUGCCUGGGAUCUUGGGUUGGUCAUGAUCGCCAUAACUACUUGGCUGUGUUGGACUCCAGUGUUAAGAUCGGAAGUUACGUUCCUCGCUACAAGUGUGGGAUGUUCCGAGAAGAAGCUGGCACAGGGAGAGUGUUCGUGGCUUUCAGUGAGGACUCCACCUGCACCAAUGGCCUCUACUCUCCUACUGAUGGGUACGAGACCUACGUCUUGACGUCGGUGCCACCGCCGCCGCUGCCACCUGAUGUCACCUCCUCUAGCUGCACCUUCCCCAGGAGUCUGCGAGGACACUGGCACCACACUUACGUUGCUGAUGACACCGUCGUCUUCAAAGACUACCAUAACUACCGCACCUACACCGCCCGCUGUGUCAGAGACCUGGACGAUGUGAACACUAUCAUCUUGUACCUCCUGCACCACUGUGGAGAGUGGAACUACAACUGUCUGUGGCUUAAGCGACGUAGCGCGAAUGUCCUCGAGUUUAUGUUGGGUCUCUACCCGAGGGAGACCUUCGACACCAAUCUCUGUGAACCAGACAAGUUUGGCGACAUGACCUCCUGGACUACACAAGGCAAGUCACUAUUGGAGGAGCCAACAACGUGCCCCAUUGUAGGAAACUAUGCUGGGGUGCUGCCUGAUGCUCCUGGCUACUGUGCCCAGCUAUAUUCUGAUUGUGAGACACCUCAGCUCAUGUACUAUACUGUCAGUGACUGUAGGAACACCACUUAUGUGUACGAACGCGAAGACCUUCCUGUCGUAACAAGUGAGACAGGACUCCAGCUGCCGCUUGAGCAGAAGGUGAGCACUGGUGCUGUCCUCACCAUUGAUGACGAUGUGGGCAGGCGUGGUCGAAGACAGGUGAAUGGUGCUCGCUACCGUGUGGCCAAUGCUCGCACUACCACCAUAUCCUGGCUUUGGGUGACACCUAGCACUCGUGAUACCUCUACCACCACAUCCACAACUGCUACAUCCACCACCACCACAAGGCCUUCUACACUGGACCCAUCCUGGACGCACUUGCCUCUUCCCCGUCCCCCACCUGCCCGUGUUGAGUCCUCCAAUGAGAAGAACUUGGAUAGGUAUAAUCCUGAUACAUUCUUAAAGUCCCAGCACCAACCAGAGUCACACAGUCAAGAUGACUACAGCCCUGUUGGUUUCUGGUCAAGCAUCCAUAACCGACCAGACUACCCAGAUGACACUGCUGUCCCUGUGUCUUCUAGAGUCACCACUCCUGUACCCACAGUUUCCAAGCCUGAGCUUCCCAAACCUGUGUUUCCUAGACCCGCACCUGCCAGACCUGUGCCUCCCAGACAAGAGCUGCCUGAAUCCACAACACCAGUGAAACCUUUGGGGCCCUUACUGCCAGUGGUGGCUCCUGGACCUGUAUGGCAGAAGCCUGACACCAACGCUGAUUCAAAAGGCGUGUCUGGACGUGCUACAUGGGUCCCAGGGGCACCUCCAGGAUAUAAGCCUCCAUUUUCCACACAAUACAUUCAUCCAAGUGAACCCUCUCCGCAAGAGCCCCUGAAGGACAAUCAGUACUCAGGAGGAGCCCUGGCAUCAAACCACACCACAUCUCACAAUUCCCCUGCUGCUAGUAGCACUAGCCUUCAACCAGUGGAACAAAGUAGCCAUAGCCAGCAACCUCUUAAGCAAGGUAUGGAGACCAGUGAGGAGCGUGAGUAUGCAUGGGACUACAGACACAAGUACCCUCCAGGAUACUGGCUUAGCACUGGACCCAUAGACAAACUUGCAACAGAUGUCAGCACCAAAUCUGACUCACUUGACACAAGGGAGGGAUGGGAAUCUACAAGGGACUCAGGACACAGUGUGGCUGACAGUGGGGACUUGCAUGGCGGUGGAGGGUCUGAUGGGGUACAGAGCCCUUCAUUUUCAGCAUCUUUGCCGGGCAGGAGCAGUGGCCAGGGCAUCAACUACCCAUUCACUAAUAACUAUGCACCUUCAGGUUUGGAUGAGCCUUCAGAUGUUACAACUUCUCUAACUUCUGAUUGGAAACCUUUUGGUGGUCCAUCCUUCUCUUCUUCCUCAACCCUGUUCUCUCCUCUGGAUGAAUCUGACAGCACCAAAGGUGUACAUCUCAAGAAUGAGCACUUUGAUACUGAAGACGAAAAAUUGGUAAAAGAUAACAGUUCUGGUCUUUACGUACACAACAAAGCAAUAAAUAGACAGCCAAGUGGUAGAGGCUUGUGGUCGUCUGCCACGGGGACUGUCAGAAGCUACUCACCUACAAACACAAAGUGGAAGACAGAUGAUAAAAGAUUUUCAGAUAAAUUUUCUUACACACUUUCCACCCUAGGGCCAACAGUCUUCACUGACAGUAACAUUGACAGGCCAGGUGAUAUUUUAAAUUUUCAAAGAGUAGGUUCUGACCAUCAUAGCUCUGUAAAUAGGGGCUUUAAUGGAAUUACAGAAGACACUGCCUGGAAAAGAGAAGGAGAUAGAAUAUCUCCAGGCCUUGACAUUCAUGACAAUUUGUAUAGAGACAGAGGACUCGAGAGGUUACCAGGACGUGACACUGGGGCUCGCUGGACCUCAGAAACUACUGCCUCUUCAGCUGCACGUGUUGGAGGUCCAGACAAGUUUGGAUACCAGUCAAACACCGGAGAAUAUGGUCGCAGGCCAGAUGGUUGGCCAGCACCUGCAGGUGGUACCUCAGCCCACCCCAGGAGGGUAGAGACCCUCGACCUCCCCACAGAGCGAGAGUACCAGUGUCUGGGACAGUGGGAGGAGGAAGGUCGUGUGUAUGCCCUCACCUACCGUAGAGAUAUCCAUACCUACGAGUGUUUCGUGGGUCUCAUCAGGACUGGUGGUGUGGUCUUCAUCAAAGAGGCUGGUGCCCGCUGCUCCAGAGGCAUCCAGCCAGAGGUCCUUGGUAUGAAACUCUACAGAAAAGAGUCUUGUGCAGUGGAGGACUUGACAUCCGAGGUAAACCAGAGCUCGCAGCGAAGCCCUGAGCGAUCAUCAGCCACCAGACCUCCCUGGCUUCGCACCACAAAACCCUGGAAGCCUAUCACAGCUCGACCAGGACAUCGAGGAUCGGGGUGCAAAGGAUUAUUUGCAUCUCAUCAUCACUGCAUCUUCACUCUUAUUGUUGCCUUAAUAGCAUCCACUCUUAAUAUUAUUUAGAUCAUCAUAGUUCUUUAAAGAUUUUUUCCUUACAUAAUUUAAAGCAUCGGUCAUCAUAUUCUGCUGGCUUUGCAACUUUUAUUAAAAUAUAUACAUUUAUAAAAACAAUGAGUAUCACUAACAGUAGCAUUUUGUGAAAAAUAUGUUGAAGGCAAGAGUGACAAGCUGGUGACAUUCUUGUCUAGUGUUACACUUAAUGACUGAUGGUACUGUUAGGAUCACUAAACUAAUGACCAGCAUCUUCUCUGAUCGACACCACAUCCAAACAGCUUAGUUACAAAUGUAUUACCAUUGUUUUAGACUUAUUUUAAGAAAUUUAAACUCAGUGCUACCAUAUUAAGAAAAAUCAUGUUUGUGCAUAAAUAUAGUGUGGAUAUCUAUAUGCACAUGUAUAUACU